AUGGUUGUCGAUCCCACGAACGACGCGGCGACGUUCGGCGGUCUUAGCUCUGAACAAGCCAAGGAGUCCAUCAUCAAAGGAGGUUGGGACUUUUUCGCCAAGCUGCUCAUCGUGGGACUUGCUGCGGGAUUACCUGGCGGCAGUCUUGAGCGCAACCCGUGGCAGUUGGUACAGAUUUUCAUCUCUCUCUCAAACUCGGUAGUGAUUCACACUCGACCAAUAGACUGCAAUCCUUAUCCAUUUUUUAGUUCUUCUCAUUUUCUUCGUGUGGUCUCUUUCUCGUUUCAGAGCCUCUCCUUGCUCAUCAAACUCACACCCUCACACAGGUCAACAUCAACGCGCAGCAUUGGUUUACAACUUUGGCCAACGCUCUCGGUGUUGCCAUUACGAGUCCUAUGUUUCUUGGAUUGAGCGCCGUGUGGAAGAUCCAAAUUGCGGACGAUUGGGG